AUGUAUAAGAUUGGCAAUAUUUACUACAUCACGGCCAUUUCGGUCAUUGGCGGUGGACUGUUUGGCUUCGACAUCUCGUCCAUGUCUGCCAUCCUGGGCACGAACCAGUAUAAAUGCUACUUCAACCAAGGCCCUGUCGGCCCACCGUUCACGGAUGAUGAGAAUUGCUCCGGUCCCAAAGCAGAUGUUCAAGGAGGUAUCACUGCCUCCAUGCCAGGCGGUAGUUUUGUUGGUGCGUUGAUCUCCGGCUUCCUCACAGACUGGCUGGGUCGAAAGAGAGCUAUUCAAGUCGGUGCUGUCAUAUGGAUCAUUGGUUCAAUGAUAGUCUGCUCUUCACAAAACAUUGGUCAACUUGUAGCAGGUCGGUUUAUAAAUGGUCUAUCUGUCGGUAUCGAAUCGGCUCAAGUCCCUGUCUAUGUCGCUGAGCUUGCCAACCCUAGCAGACGAGGACGAGUUGUGGGAGCUCAGCAGUGGGCAAUUACGUGGGGCAUCUUGAUCAUGUUUUAUAUCUCCUUUGGCUGCUCGUAUCUCGAUGGUCCAAAGGCAUUCAGAGUACCAUGGGGACUUCAGGCUUUGCCAGCUCUUUUCCUGCUAAUCGGCUUGUUCUUUUUGCCUGAGUCUCCCCGCUGGUUGGCUCGCAAAGAUCGCUGGGAGGAUUGCGAGAAAGUUCUCAUAUUGGUUCAUGGUCACGGUGAUCCUAACAGUCCGUUUGCGAAGCGAGAGCUACGAGAGAUUCAAGAGAUGGUCGAGUUCGAGCGACGCAACCGCGACGUCUCGUAUCUUGAGCUUUUCAAGCCGCAUAUGAUCAAUCGAACUCAUAUUGGUGUAUUCACUCAGGCAAAUGCUGACAUAACGCAUAUGUACUACAUCACUUAUUUGUUCGGCAUGGCAGGCCUCAAAGGCAACAACAAUCUCGUCGCCUCAUCCAUCCAAUAUGUCAUCAACGUCUUCAUGACCAUUUUUGCCUUGCUCUUCAUCGAUCGGUGGGGCCGCAGACUGCCAUUGUUGGUUGGAGCCUUCUUUAUGGCGCUCUGGCUCUUCAUCAACGCUGGCCUCAUGGCUAAUUAUGGACAUCGAGCACCGCCAGGUGGUGUCAAUAGCGUCCCUGAAGAGAGCUGGCAGAUCUCUGGUCCAGCAUCCAAGGCUGUCGUUGCUUGCACUUAUCUUUUCGUGGCGUCGUUCGCUCCUACAUGGGGACCUGUCUCGUGGAUCUACCCGCCAGAGCUAUUCCCCUUGCGCGUCAGAGGAAAAGCCGUUGCGCUCUGUACUGCUGCGAACUGGAUCAUGAACUUUGCGCUGAGCUACUUCGUUCCACCAGCCUUCGUCAACAUCCAGUGGAAAGUCUACGUUGUGUUCGGUGUCUUCUGCGUCACCAUGUUCAUCCACGUUUUCCUGUGCUUUCCCGAAACUAGCGGCAAGAGUCUUGAGGAAGUAGAAGCGCUCUUCUUGCAAAAGGUACCAGCUUGGAAGACCAAAGUGGAGUACCAGCAUGUGCGUGCGUUGGAACAGAACCGCGCCGAUGAGAAAGCUGCAGAUAUCGAGGCAAGUCCUGAGAGGGAAGUCACGACUGUGGAGAAGACUGCUUAA